CCCGGACAACCAACAACAAAAAAGCCGAGGCUGAGAGCAGCUGGUUGUCAGCAGUCGAGAAGAGCUCCUCUGAGUGGAUCUGGGAGAGAGAAGCCAGAGAAGGGCGGGAUGAGGUGAAGACGAGCCGGCAGAAGGAGCUGGGGACUCUCCUGGGCCAAGAGGGAAGUGUGAUGCAGUAUGGCAACCCAGAACUUCCUGCAGGAGAUGCACUCCAUGGGCCAGAAGCUCCUUCUUAAGUUACAGAAGCUGCCUCAGGCCGAGCCUAUCGAGAUUGUAGCCUUCUCUGUCAUUCUCUUCUUCAUUGCUACUGUGCUGCUGCUAUUGGCAAUAGCCUGCAGCUGUUGCUGUACUGAAUGCUGCUGCCCUGACCAGAGAAGCAGGAAGAGUCAGGUCCAGCCCAUGACACCAUCAUGAGAGACAGGCUGGGGACAGAGGGAAAGCCAGAGCAGGAGGCGGCCAAACCCUGCCAAGGCUUCUUGCCAUGGCCCUGCAGUGCACAGCAUUCAAGACAAGGUGCAGAUGGAAAGAACUGUUUUGCUGGGAGAACCUAGAACAGGCCGGACUGUGGCCACAUGUAACUGGCCCUAGCUCCAGCUCCGAGAAAGGGCCUAGACACUGGGACACUGGGCCUGACAAGAAAAGGCUCAGACGAGCCUCUUGCUGAACGAGCGAUGCCAAAGAGAAGCCAGCUGCGCCAGAGACAAUGGGCAGACUGUCUUCAUUCCUUUCUUGGUCUGUGCCUUACCACAACAAAAGGGAAGUGGGCCUGCUCCUAGGCCUUUGAAGGACAAUCUCAUUCUUAGCCAGCUGCCACGAGAAGACUGAACUAACCCACGCCAAAGAAGCAGCAGCCAGACUAUACAAUGAUUAGUACAUGCCCAAACCCAUGUGAAAGAGAAAAUGUAUUGAACCUUUACUCUAGAAUGUGCCUUUUUUUCUUUCUAAGUAAAAGUGCUACUAAGGCUCCAGUUACCCUGGAGUCUGGGGCUGGUUUAUUAGUAUGGGAGAAGGAGGCUAAUGGGCCUCAAGGGAGCAAGUGGUCCUGGCCUUCUCUAUCUCUGUCCUAUACAAGUGCCCGUGAGGUUUGCCCAAGUAGAAGUGACUUAUAGCAAUAAGAAGAGCUGAUGAAGAACAAGGCAGAGGGUUGGAAUGCAUAAAGGUGGAAAAAUCUGUUCAACAGUAAAAGGGCAGCAAACCUCAGGUCAAACACAACAGAAGGUGUUGUCACCAAAUUAUAAAGGGAUACAUCCUUUUGGUUAAUAGACGGUCAACAGAAAAGUGGAAAACGAUGGUCCCAAUCGUUCCAACGAGUGGUUUUGUCCAAAUGCUUUCAGGGGGAUGUGCUCUGUGGGGGGCUGGUUUGGCCAUCUACUGUACCAAUGGGACAAAAUUAAAGCAACAAUCACUGGAGAAGGAGUGCAGGUGAAGGGUGGCUCAGAGGCAUUCCCCUGAGUCAGGGUUUCUCUGGAACUCCUGCUCAUCUCCUAUUUUCCUUCAACCACAACACAGGAAAGGACAACAGACACUUCUUUAGCACAGCUUCAAUGUGCUCUUGCUAUUGCUACACUGGCCCUGAGCUCCUAGAAGCCAGUUGCAGAACAGGCCCAAGAUUUAGCACGCUGCUCCUCCCCCACUCUGCCCCCAGCUAAUCUCCCAUUCCUGUUCCAAGGGACCUUUUCAGGCAGAAAGAGAUAUAAACCCAGGAAUGGAGGCGGAAGGAGGAAAUGGCAGCACUGCCAAGAGCGACAUCCUCACUGCAAUCAUUCUCCUAAGUUAAAAAUUAUCAGAGCCAUCAAAUGGAAAACAUUUCUAGUUCUGUUCCCUUUCUGUGUGUCCUAGUCACUCUCCUGGCUACCUGAGAACUUAGACUUGACCCCACAGAGCUCUGCUGCCUGCCCCCAUUGCCUCUGUUUAGUCCAGGAACCUGGCCAGGAAGGGCAGGCAUUGUUUGCUGGUUUCACUUCCUGAUUUUCAUGCACUGGUUGGACAGGUUGGGGAUAAAAACAA